AUGUUGGUGCGAUACUGGGUUUUGCGCAAACGGUGGCUUAUAUUGCCACCAGGAAAUGGCGAGAAGAAACGAGAGGUUAAUGGCAAGUCCCCAGAGCAACCCCUGAAAGUUUCCCCUACUCUAGGACGAGUGGUCGACAGAUUCGAGAACACAAUCUUCUUCCAUCACUGUGGGGAUUUCUGGAUGCCCCCUUUCUCAAGCACCGCUGACCUGGACUUUAAGAAACAUGUGCUUCAAAUCCGGAAUAUGGACAUACGAGAUGAUGAUAUUCUGUUUUGUUCCUACCCCAAAUCUGGUCUUCACUGGCAUGAGUCGAUCGUCCGCAUGCUACAGAGCCAGAGAGUAGAACACACGCCCUCUGAUUCUCUGUUCCUGGACUUUUUACCGCAGUCGCAUGUCAGCAAACAGCCUUCCCCUAGACUGCUCUUUACGCACGUUCCUUUCAAGCACUUACCAAAACAGGCUUUUGAAAAGAAGAUCAAAAUUGUCUACCUCAACCGGAACCCGAAGGAUGUCCUUGUCUCCUACUUCUCUCACAUGAGCAACCACUCUGGAGCGCUGGCCUUCUCAGGGACGUUUGAACACUUUUAUUAUCUCCUCAUGGAGGUAGGAUACCACUAUGGACACAUCUUUAACCACUUGCAGGAGUUCCAGGAGGGAAUAGACUCCUGCCCAGACGUUCCUAUUUACACGUCCAUGUUUGAAGACAUGAAGAUGGAUCCGGUACAGGGUGUGAAAAAUCUGAACCAGUACCUGGGCACAGGGUGUAGCGAUACGCUGUGUGAGGAAAUAGCCGAGGCGUGCGGGAUCCAGAAGCUACGGCCAGUCAAGGACGCUCUGAUGCCGGAGUACAUCAAGGCCGCGUUCAAGAAGGGAGCCCCGACCUUCUACAGGAAAGGUAUCAUCGGAGACUGGAAAAAUUGGUUCACAGUGGCGAUGAACGAGCAUUUCGAAGAACAGUACGCUCGGUUCAUGGUUGACUACAAGACGGUAUAUAAGUAUGAACUAUGAUACUUGGAGAAAAAUUGGGAAUAUUAACAUGUUCCU